AGAACGGCGCGAGCCCCUCCGCCGCCGUGCGCUUUGUGGCGCUGCCGGAAGCGGCGCGGGGCCGAGCGGAGCGGCGUCCCCGGAGUGGCCGCGGCCGCCAUGGCGCGGGCGGCCUGAGGGCGCGGCGGCCGGCCCUGCCCCGGCAUGCACGCCGGCACCCUCGGCGCAGGUGUUGUUUGGGUUGCAGCAUAGAGGCACUAUGUACUCGGAGUGGAGAUCCUUGCACCUUGUCAUUCAGAAUGAUCAGGGGAAUACCAGUGUACUGCACAGCUAUCCAGAAAACGUGGGAAGAGAAGUGGCAAAUGCAGUGGUGCGUCCUCUAGGACAAGCUUUAAUUACAUCAUCAGUUGGAAGUGAGAGCUUACUGAAAACAGACAAAGAAGUAAAAUGGACUAUGGAGGUGGUUUGUUAUGGCCUGACCCUCCCUCUGGAUGGCGAUACUGUGAAAUACUGUGUGGACGUGUAUACAGAUUGGAUCAUGGCUCUUGUGCUACCUAAGGACUCCAUUCCUUUACCCGUUAUUAAGGAACCAAACCUUUAUGUUCAAAGCAUUCUCAAACAUCUCCAAAAUCUCUUUGUACCAAGGCCGGACCCAGGAUCGAGUCAGAUUAGAUUGUGCUUGCAGGUUUUGAAAGCUGUCCAGAAACUGGCUCGUGAAUCGACAAUUAUGGCAAGAGAAACCUGGGAGGUUUUGUUGUUAUUUCUUCUCCAGAUCAAUGACACUCUUCUAGCAGCUCCAACUGUGCAAGGUGGCAUUGCUGAGAACCUGGCUGAAAAAUUAAUUGGUGUGCUGUUUGAGGUGUGGUUACUAGCUUGUACGCGGUGCUUUCCAACACCACCGUACUGGAAAACUGCCAAAGAGAUGGUGGCCAACUGGCGACAUCACCCUGCAGUGGUGGAGCAGUGGAGCAAGGUCAUCUGUGCCCUCACUUCCAGAUUGCUGCGCUUUACAUAUGGACCUUCAUUCCCUCCGUUUAAAAUUCCUGAUGAAGAUGCUGGUCUGAUUCCUCCAGAAAUGGAUAAUGAGUGCGUUGCACAAACUUGGUUUCGCUUUUUACAUAUGCUGAGUAAUCCUGUGGAUUUGAGUAACCCAGCCAUUAUUAGCUCUACCCCCAAAUUUCAGGAGCAGUUUCUGAAUGUGAGUGGGAUGACGCAAGAGCUGAAUCAGUACCCCUGCCUUAAACAUCUGCCUCAGAUAUUCUUUCGUGCCAUGCGCGGGAUCAGCUGUUUAGUGGAUGCAUUCCUAGGUAUUUCACGGCCCCGGUCUGACAGUGCACCACCCACGCCGGUGAACAGGCUGAGCAUGCCCCAGACCACGGCCACCAACACCACUCCACCCCACAACCGCCGGCAUCGGGCAGUGACAGUGAAUAAAGCAACAAUGAAGACCAGCACUGUAACUACUGCACAUCCUUCAAAGGUGCAGCACCAACCCUCAUCUACUUCUCCGCUCUCUAGCCCAAACCAGACAAGUUCUGAGCCACGGCCACUACCAGCUCCUCGCAGGCCAAAGGUUAACAGCAUCUUGAACCUCUUUGGAUCAUGGCUAUUUGAUGCAGCAUUUGUUCACUGUAAACUUCAUAAUGGAAUAAACAGAGACAGCAGCAUGACUGCAUCUUUUAUCCAAAUUCUUCUUUCUUAUAAAUCUUCUAUAGCUACGCAAGCUAGCGUGGAGUUCCGCCGGAAAGGAUCACAAAUGUCCACAGAUACAAUGGCUUCCAACCCCAUGUUUGACGCCAGUGAAUUCCCAGACAACUAUGAAGCAGGAAGGGCAGAGGCUUGCGGGACACUGUGUAGGAUAUUUUGUAGCAAGAAGACUGGGGAGGAAAUAUUGCCAGCUUACCUAUCCCGAUUUUACAUGCUUUUAAUUCAGGGUUUGCAGAUAGCAGAUUUCGUUUGCCAUCCCGUUCUUGCCAGUGUUAUCCUAAACUCCCCUCCUUUGUUCUGCUGUGACCUGAAGGGGAUUGAUGUCGUGGUUCCUUAUUUCAUUUCGGCUCUUGAAACUAUUUUACCUGACAGAGAACUGUCAAAGUUUAAAAUCUAUGUAAACCCAACAGAGUUAAGGAGAGCUUCAAUUAACAUCUUGCUGUCUCUGUUGCCUCUCCCUCAUCAUUUCGGAACCAUAAAGUCUGAGGUUGUCCUGGAAGGGAAGUUCAGCAAUGAUGACAGCUCGACAUAUGACAAGCCAGUAACGUUCCUUUCCUUGAAGCUGAGGCUUGUGAAUAUACUGAUAGGAGCUUUGCAAACGGAAACCGAUCCCAACAACACUCAAAUGAUCCUAGGUGCAAUGUUAAAUAUUGUCCAGGAUUCAGCACUGUUGGAAGCAAUUGGCUGCCAGAUGGAAACGAAUGGGGGUGAAAAUAAGCUCUUCAAAAGCCACAGUCGUACCAACAGUGGUAUUAGCACUGCAAGCGGAGGCAGUACGGAGCCUACGACACCAGACAGUGAGCGACCUGCACAAGCCCUCCUGAGGGAUUAUGCUCUUAACACAGAUACAGCUGCGGGACUGCUGAUCCGCAGCAUUCACCUGGUCACCCAGAGACUCAAUUCCCAGUGGAGGCAGGACAUGAGUAUCUCUCUGGCGGCACUGGAGCUUCUGUCCGGACUGGCGAAGGUGAAAGUGGCGGUCGAUUGCUCAGAUCGGAAGAGAGCAAUUAGCUCAGUGUGCAGCUACAUCGUGUACCAGUGCAGCCGCCCGGCCCCGCUCCACUCCCGCGACCUGCACUCCAUGAUAGUGGCGGCUUUCCAGUGCCUCUGCGUCUGGCUCACUGAGCACCCCGACAUGCUGGACGAGAAGGAUUGUUUAAAAGAGGUCUUGGAGAUCGUGGAGCUGGGCAUUUCAGGAAGUAAAUCCAAAAAUAGUGAACAAGAAGUGAAGUACAAAGGAGAUAAGGAGCCAAACCCUGCAUCCAUGCGAGUGAAGGAUGCUGCUGAAGCUACGCUAACUUGUAUUAUGCAGUUACUUGGAGCAUUUCCUUCUCCUAGUGGCCCUGCAUCUCCUUGCAGCUUGGUGAAUGAAACCACGUUAAUUAAAUAUUCUCGUCUACCUACCAUAAACAAACAUAGCUUCCGUUACUUCGUUUUGGAUAACAGUGUCAUCCUGGCAAUGCUGGAGCAGCCUCUAGGGAACGAACAGAAUGACUCUUUCCCCUCCGUCACAGUUUUGAUCCGUGGGACAUCUGGAAGAUUUGCAUGGGCCCAGCAACUCUGUCUUUUACCAAGAGGAGCUAAAGCAAAUCAAAAGACUUUUGUACCAGAACCUCGUCCAGCUCCUAAAAACGAUGUUGGGUUGAAAUACAGUGUGAAGCACCGCCCUUUUCCUGAAGAAGUCGACAAGAUCCCCUUUGUGAAAGCUGACUUGAGCAUUCCUGAUUUACACGAAAUUGUGAAUGAGGAAGAACCUGCUAACAGUCGUCUACCUCCUCACCUGAUUGCACUUGACUCUGCUCUUCCUGGGUUUUUUGAUGACCUUGGCUACUUGGAUUUACUACCAUGUCGUCCUUUUGAUACUGUUUUCAUUUUCUACAUGAAGGCAGGCCAGAAAACAAGUCAGGAGAUCCUGAAGAACAUGGAGUCUUCCAGAACCGUUCAACCACACUUCCUGGAGUUCUUGCUGUCUCUUGGCUGGUCUGUGGAUGUGGGGAAGCACCCUGGCUGGACUGGCCAUGUCUCCACAAGCUGGUCGAUCAAUAGCUGCAGUGAUGAAGAGGGACCCGAACAAGAUGAUCUGGUUAUUUCAGAAGAUGUCGGGGCCAGUAUCUUCAAUGGGCAGAAGAAGGUGCUGUACUACGCAGAUGCCCUGACAGAAAUAGCUUUCGUUGUCCCAUCACCAGUGGAAUCUCUAACUGAUUCAAUGGAAAGCAAUGUCUCUGACCAAGAAAGCGACUCCAACAUGGAUCUGCUGCCAGGAAUAUUGAAGCAGCCGCCUCUAACGCUUGAACUCUUCCCCAAUCAUACAGACAAUCUUAAUCCCUCCCAGCGGCUCAGUCCUACUUCCAGAUCCAAGAGGGCGCCUCAGGGCCGGACCAUUCCACCAAUGGGACCUGAAACCAAAGUGUAUGUGGUCUGGGUAGAGCGUUAUGAUGAUAUAGAAAACUUCCCCCUCCCGGAUCUGGUGUCCGAAACGAGCACUGGUGUGGAAACUACAGCCAACAGCAGCACAUCCCUAAGAUCUACCACUCCCGAGAAAGAAGUUCCUGUGAUCUUCAUCCAUCCUUUAAACACUGGCUUAUUCAGGAUAAAACUACAGGGAGCAACUGGGAAAUUCAAUAUGGUUAUCCCAUUGGUGGAUGGAAUGAUAGUCAGUAGGAGAGCACUCGGCUUUUUAGUGAGGCAGACAGUAAUAAAUAUUUGUCGGAGAAAGAGGCUGGAAAGUGAUUCGUACAACCCCCCCCACGUCCGCCGAAAACAAAAAAUAGCAGACAUUGUCAAUAAAUACCGGAACAGGCAGCUGGAGCCGGAAUUUUAUACCUCGCUUUUCCAGGAGGUUGGGCUCAAGAACUGCAACCCCUAGGUCAUUAUCCUUCCAGGACAAUUAGAUCAGAGCUUGGUGGCUACAGGAAUGAAAACAGUUAAACAACAACAACAAAUUUCCUCAGCCCUCUGGAAUUCAGGAAAUCAUGUUCCAGCCCAAGUCAGCAGUAGCAUGUGGGAGGAAUGAGAGAGGAAUCCAAACCAUGGCAGGUGGGGUACUGACUUCAUUCACCUAUCCUCUCGAGAGUACUUGCUGCCAGUCUUCCUGGAUGCUAGUGACAUAAUCUCUUCACCCAGUUGUGGUUUCCAGACUAAUUAGGAACUGUGUCACAUUCUGAGAGAGGGAAACAAUCAACACAGAACCAUCUCUGCAUUUAAGGAUGGCGAAUGAAACACAAACAGACUUGCCUUCAGACAUCUCGCUACACCCACCAGGUGAAGGAAGGGAGCAGGACCCUCCUCUGAGGAGGGAGUCUGGUUCAGAGCAUUACCCGUCCCUGCAAGAACUUAAAAGCAUUUUCAGCUUCCUUCAGAGCUCCGCAGAAGAUUCUUCACUGCUUGUAACCAAUAUGUGUACCAAAACCAAGAGGAGGAACAUUGCUUGGAAACAUCGAGUCACAGCAUUCAUAGCCAGGAUGCUGUAUGUUCCCUCCUGGUCCAGGAGCGAAUCUGUAACCUUAUGUGAUCCGUCCUGCUGACGACAAGGAACUCCUGAAAUCACCUGACUUUCCAACAUGAGAUAAGAGCUCUGGGUUAUAUAAAAACAAGGUUCUGGCUUUCAGGUCUGUUGCAAAAUGUCAUAUUUAAUUAUGGUAGCUUGAUUUUUAAUUUUUUUUUUUUAUGCAACUCCUUAAUUUAUUUGAAGUGGCGGUGUCACCUACUCACAAUUUCCAUAGAAAGUGUAAACAUCACUUGCUUUCCUUCCAUCAGAUUGAAAUAUGAGCUGCUGGGGCUGCCUUCUGCCUGGUAUUUAUAGCAGAAACAAUUUUCGCAGCUUCCACAACACUUCUCAAAGCUCCUGUUAAACAGACUAAAACGGCUCAAAAAGAAAAUUCAAGAAUCCUUUUUCCCCAUUAACUUGCAUUCCAUGAAAGCCCCUUUGGGGUUGUAACUGAAAACUGUUUUGAUUCUGCUGUGCUCUCUCAUGCUCAGCAGCAGUCGUUCCCCUUCACCCAGGUCAGGAGUUUCAGGCUGUGGCUCUCGCGUGUUCAGGACUUGAAGGAUGUGCUGGGAAAAGAUGUUUACAGCUCCAAAUGUAAUAUUGGGAAUAUAAAAGCUGCAGUGGGCGCUGAUGGUCUUGGGAGUGCUUCCAGGCUCCCCGUGCAAUCGUCACUUGUGUUGCAGUAAUGAAUCAUCGCAGGCACUCCCGGGUGGCCAUAGUUUGGGAUUGCUGGCAGCAGCACGCGUCCUUUUUCUAUUCAGGAAGCAGGUAAUGGAAAAGUGAGUGUGAGCAGGAAUUUGGGCAGCUCCUCACGUUAUUCCUAAAAUGAUUUGGUUCACAUUCUAAUACGUGUUGCAGUAAUAACUGUCAGUCAGUUAAUUUUGAUAUUUCAGCGUUGCUUUUUGCAACAGCUCUGACCGGAAAGAGUCGUAUUGUUCAAUUACAAGUUACCUGCCCAGAGCAUCCCCUGCUCCUGUCUGUUCAUGUGUGUGUUCACAGAGGGUGAAUGGGUACACAGGCCCCAAAAAAUACACGUGGAAGGACUUUUAGGAUGUCAGCCAGAGGGGUUUAGGCAACCUGUGCUUGUUGCAGGGGACAAACACGCUCCCCUCUCAACUCAGGAGCUCUGGAUUUUGAUCCAGAUGAAUCACAAGUGGAAAAAUGAGAGCACACGAUGCAGCCCCCCGGGGCAGUGAGCCUGGUGGCUGGCCCACGCUCACGCGGUGCCCGACUUGCAAAGGGCAGGAGAAGCUACAAGGCAGCGUUUGGGUGUUUUGUCACAGCUUUGAAGGGAGACUCGGGCAGCUUUG